GCGAUGGCGUCUGCUGAUCUGAGAGCUGAGCUGGACUGUUCCAUCUGUCUGAACAUUUAUACGGCUCCUGUGAUGCUGAAAUGUGGACACAACUUCUGCCGGGAUUGUAUCGGUCGUGUGCUGGAUACACAGGAGGAAUCUGGAGUUUAUUUCUGUCCUCAGUGCAGAGAAGAGUUCCAGGAGCGGCCUGCACUGUCCAGGAACAUAACACUGCGGAACAUAGUGGAGAGUUUCCGUUCUUCCCACCCGGAGCAGAAGGAGAGCGGGAUCUCCUGUACUUACUGCAUCCACGCCUCUGUCCCGGCUGUGAAAUCCUGUCUGAUGUGUGAAGCUUUUCUGUGUGACAACCACCUGAAAGUCCACAGCAAGUCACCAGAACACGUCUUAUCGGACCCCACCACUUCUCUGGAGGACAGGAAAUGUUCCAUCCAUAAGAAGGUCCUGGAGUAUUACUGCACCGAGGACGCCGCCUGCAUCUGCGUGUCCUGCAGUUUAUCUAUAGAACAUCGGGGACAUCAGGUGGACAAACUGCAAGAGGCCUUCACAAAGAAGAAGAUGAAACUGGCAAAUAAUCUGCAGAAACUGAUUGUUAAAAAGGAGGAGACAGAAAGAAGAGUCCGGAGUCUGCAGGAACGCCGAGGAGAAGUACAAGGAAAAGCAAACGGCGAAGCAGAGCGAGUCAUUGACCUGUUCAAAGAUCUCAGAAGACGUCUGGAGGACCUGGAGAAGAAAAUCCUCAAUGAGAUCUCCAGGCAAGAAGAGCAACUCUUACACCCUGUCAAUGACCUGAUCCAACAGUUGGAAACAAAGAAGGUCGAGCUGACCAUGAAGAUCCGUCACAUCGAGGAGCUGUGCAACAUGACGGACCCACUGACUGCCCUACAGGAACCAGACAAAGAUGACAGGAGGACUGCAUCCAGGUCAGGUACAGACCAGGAUCGCAAAUUUUUUCAUGAGAUAUUUACGGAUUAUAAUCAAGUUUUGGGCAGUCAGAGUUUCUCCUCAGGGCGACAUUACUGGGAAGUAGAUGUCCGGAAAUCCAAUAACUGGAGAAUCGGGAUGUGUUAUGACAGUAUGGAGAGGAAAGGGGAUGAUUCCUUGAUUGGGUGUAAUGACGUGUCCUGGGGUUUAGACAGGAGGGGUAAAAAUUAUAUGGUGAUACAUGACAGUGAUGAGACUGAGCUCGAUGACCAUCUGCCCUGUGAACGAGUCCGGGUGUAUCUGGAUUAUGAGGCCGGGCAGAUCUCCUUCUAUAUGUGUGACCCAAUCGAACACCUCCACACCUUCAGCGCCGACUUCACUGAGCCCCUCUACGCUGUGCUAGGUGUAUGGCAUGCGUCUAUAUCCUUAUGUUAA